AUGUCGGCACCUAUGAUUAAUUGGGUUCCUAUUGUGAACAGAAUUUAUAAAUAUGUCGUCAAUACUACUAUCGGCUCCCCAGCUCAAUCGAUAACUCUUCCACCGGUUGAGAUUCAUGAUAUUGAAACAGCUCCGGAGAAAAGACCAAGAACUUUGAAGCAUCUAUUGAAAUCGAACCAUAUUAACCACUCAAUCCUAUACAAUCACAAUCGAUUUCACAACCAUUUACCACAUCAUUUAGGCUCCGCAUAUCUUCUAGGAGCGGACUACGAUCAGCUACAAAAAGUCUAUGCCGAAGAAUCAAAACAUCUUGAGGAAUGGCAGGACUCUCCUGGAGAAAUUACAGAAGCAGAUUGGAGAGAUUUCUUAGGAGAGAAGGUAUACCAGAGGGCAUACGUUGACUUCUUUGAAGAUGAAUUGGCCUUAAAAUACAGCUACAAUUGGAAGGUUUUGAUAGAGGAGUAUCUCUAUAGUGGCAAAGCUCCUCUUGUCAAUGCUUUGACCUCAGGACUCGGUCACCCCCUUAUCCAUCUCGGUUACGCAGUCGAACUAAAUAGUCGCGAACUAGCCAUCGAGGCCCUCUCUCUCACAUCUACAUGCUACAACUUUAUGCAUAGAUACCUCGAUGACCCAGCCUAUACGAAAGCCUCCACCUAUAGCACGACCUCGCCCCUGGAAAUCCUCCAAAAAAUACAUGCCGAUUCUCGGUUAGAUGGAGCUUUUGACGAACCAUCACCAUCUAACAUAACCAAACUAUUCGAGAAGCAUGAGGACUUUAUUCUUGAACAUUGGAACGCAUGGAGCAUUACCGACCCUGAAAAGCAAUUCCAAGAUUCCCAAGAAGCAGCUGUACACUUACUUGUGCAGACAGUCAAGCCUGGAACUCACGCAUACGACUUUUUCGUGGUACAUAUACUAACCACUAGCCAUGCCGUUCGAAUCUUACUUCCUUUCGUCCCUGCGAAGUUUCAAAUAAGUUUGAUAAGACAAUGGUGGUUAUUAACGAUCGCCGUGUACUGCGCGCAAAUGAGACCGAAAAUAAGCGAAGACAUUGAGCAGAAACCUGAUAGGGGAUGGAAAUAUGUGGAAGAUAAAGCUAUCAAUGGUGUGUGGUCGACUGAUCCACAUUAUGUGAAAGCAAUACGAGCUAUCAAGGAAGCAGCUUUCACUUGGGGAGAUGUACAUGAGAGAUAUCUAUCUAUGGCAGUUACGUUUGCCGAUGACUUCAAGGGGUGGACCGGAUUUGGAAGUAGUGAGUCUGAUCAUGUUGGUGGGCAUCUUUAA